GUUGUCAUCGCCCUCCCAAUCGACAGGUCGUCAAAUAUCUUUAUUAUUGGUUAAUAUGAUGAAACCUCACCACAACUCGGAGUUGUCGAGGGACUGUGCUAAGGCGAAUAUUGCCCUUGUAGCUGAAUCGCAACAAGCACCGCGAUUUCGUAAACGAUUGACGCGUCGCACGCCAAUUCGAUCUGCAUCCCGCUUCGUUCCUCAAGAUCCCAACGAAACACCAGAGCAUCAUUUUCCCCUACAAACUAUUUCCUCGCGAUUUGCCCAGUCUCGCUUCAUCAACCGCUACGACAGCCGUGAGAUAUUGAUUCUUAUUGACGGGAGUUGCAUCAAUAAUGGAAGCAAGAAUCAGACUGCCAAGCCAUCUUCCGGUGGGUGCAGUUUCACAUUCAAAGGGCCAGGAAGAUACGGAUCCGAAGUAGAACAUCCUUUCAAGGAUGCUAAUUACAAUGACGGUGGGAUGGUCGGAUUUCCUCUGGAGAAGUGUGGACCUAGAGGCGAGAAUUACGAUGCGACAAGCAACAGGGCAAAACUUAGAGCAGUAAUUGCAGCACUCGAAUUUCGCGACUGGCAAGAAGAAGGAUGGCGGCGCAUCGUCAUUGCGACCGACCUCAAAUACGUUGUUGACGGCGCAAUAAGCCAUCUGCCAACAUGGGUUCGACGCGGUUGGCGGACUAGCAAGUUGAAGAAAGUAGCUAACCGAGACCUGUGGGAAGAACUCAAUGGCGUUAUUGAGAAUUUGCAAAGGCGUGGUACCUCUAUUUCAUUCUGGCUACUUCGUUCGGGCAGCUUGGCUAAGACUAAGUCGACACUGGUACGUGAGACUAAAGGUGCCGCAAGAGAGGCCGCUAUUGAGCAUACUGAUGAAACUGCGCUGGAGUUUACAAGGCUGUGUGGCAUCAUGUUAUAAAGCCGUGAUCUUUCGAUUUUGGGUCUUUUACGAGGGCUCCGUAUCUGAUGAUGUUAUACCAAGCAUCAUCAAGAGAGAACAUUUUGUAUGGUCAGGAUCUGCUGUGGUACUACACUUUGACUCUCAUUCCGAGUUGCAAACACAGUUCGCAG